AGCCGAUGGUGGAAAGAUUCUUCCCACUUGGAAAGAGGCUUUCCCUUCUUGGACAUCUGCUGGCGGAGCUUCCAGUAGCCAGAGAGAGAGGAGAGGGGGUCCAGACGCAGCUCCUGAAAUUUCUUACUUUCCUGAGGGGGGAGGCUUCAAGAGGGCUGCGCUCACAUUUGGUCCGUUCAGUGUUCUGGGAGCUUGAAUAGACUUAUUGAUGCGCUGCUGACCCCACAGAGCCAGACAUGAAGAUAGGGCUGUCUGUGGCCACGGCUGCCUUCCUGGCAGCUCUGUUAUCCUCCAUAGAUGCUCAAGUGGAGCCGCCCUCAAACUUGAAAUUUCACAUUCUAAAUGAGAACACGGUGGAAAUGUCGUGGGUGAGGCCCUCAGCAACGAUAGAGGGCUUCAGAAUACAAGUACAGGUACCAGAUGGAGAUGAACCGAGCAGAGACUUCACCCUUGACGCGUACGUCACCACCACCUCUCUCACCGAUCUGACCCCUGACGUGGACUACUCGGUGUCAAUAAGCUCCUAUUACGGCUCAGAGGAGAGCCUCCCCAUCUUUGGACAAGUGACCAUCCAGUCCGGUAACAGCAGCGGACAGGUCAGGAGGCCACAGGCAGACGCAAUCAAGUGUUCGGUCAGCGCCAUCGCUGAUUUGGUUUUCCUGGUGGACGGCUCGUGGAGUGUGGGAAAAGAAAAUUUCCGGCACAUCCGCAGUUUUAUUGGAGCCCUGGCAGGAGCCUUUGACAUCGGCGAGGACAAAACGCGGGUCGCUGUGGUUCAGUACAGCACAGACACUCGCACCGAGUUCCCCCUCACUCGCUACACCAGGAGAGGAGAUCUGCUCCAGGCGAUCAGCGCACUUCCAUACAAAGGAGGGAAUACCAUGACAGGCGAGGCCAUAGAUUACUUGGAGAAAAACAUUUUCACUGAGGCGGCUGGAUCCAGGAAAGCUUUUCCAAAGGUAGCCAUGCUCAUCACGGAUGGAAAAUCCCAAGACGCGGUGGAGGAGCAUGCUAAAAGACUUAGGAACAUUGGAGUGGAAAUAUUUGUCCUAGGUAUCAAAGGAGCAGAUGAGGAUGAGCUAAGGGAAAUUGCUUCCACACCUCACAGCAAACACGUGUACAAUGUGCCCAACUUUGACGUGAUCCAGGAGGUGCAGAAAAAGAUCAUAACAGAGGUGUGCUCCGGUGUCGAUGAGCAGCUCAGCUCUCUGGUCAGCGGAGAAGAAAUGGUGGAGCCACCCUCUAACCUGCAGGUCACAGAAAUUGCAUCCAAGUCAAUGAGGGUGACAUGGGAUGCAUCUCUGGGUGACAUCACAGGCUACAAGCUAACCCUCAUUCCCAUGCUGGUUGGGAUGAAACGCCAAGAGCUGUACAUUGGAGCUGGACAGACAUCUAUCAAUGUCCGUGACCUUUCCCCCGAGACUGUGUAUGAAAUUAACUUGUACGCCCUCAAAGGUCUGACCCCCAGUGAACCCAUCACUGCACUGGAGAAGACACAGCCUAUCAAGGUGUCAACAGAGUGCUCUCUGGGGGUGGAUGUGCAGGCCGAUGUAGUCCUGCUGGUUGACGGUUCAUACAGUAUCGGAUUACAAAACUUUGCAAAAGUCCGCGCCUUCUUGGAGGUUCUGGUCAAUUCCUUUGACAUCGGACCGAACAAAGUCCAGAUUAGCUUGGUCCAGUACAGUCGUGAUCCAUACACUGAGUUUGCCCUCAACACUCACCAUGACAUCAAUGCUGUUGUCAAAGCUGUGCGCACCUUCCCCUACCGUGGCGGUUCCACCAACACGGGCAAGGCCAUGACUUAUGUCAGGGAGAAGAUCUUUGUUCCAGCUCGCGGAGCCAGACAGAACGUCCCCCGCGUCAUGGUCCUGAUUACGGACGGAAAGUCAUCGGAUUCCUUCAAGGAUGCGGCCACCAAACUGAGGAAUAUUGAUGUGGAAAUAUUUGCUGUUGGUGUGAAGGAUGCCGUGAGGACAGAGCUGGAGGCCAUCGCUAAUGCGCCAGCAGAAACUCACGUCUAUGAAGUGGAGGACUUUGAUGCCUUUCAGAGGAUCUCUAAGGAGCUGACUCAGUCCAUCUGUCUGCGGAUCGAACAGGAGCUGCUCAACAUCAAAAAGAGGAGUUUGCUUCCACCAACUGACUUGCGGUUUUCCGAGAUUACCUCCCGAAGCUUCCGUGCGACCUGGGUAGCUCCUGUUGUCAAUGUCAUGUCUUACCUGCUACGUUUCCGCAAGGUUGAAGACGUCACCGGAGACUACAUUACCCUGGCGCUACCUGGCGAUACCACCACAGCCGUUCUUCCCCAUCUUUAUCCUCUCACCGCCUAUGAGGUCAAUGUCUUUGCUCAGUAUGAAAAAGGGGACAGUUUCCCGUUGACCGGUGAAGAGACAACGCUUGAAGAACAAGGGACCGUACGAAAUCUCCGAGUUACAGAAGAAACAACAAACAGCUUCAGGGUGUCGUGGCAAGCUGCACCAGGUUCAGUGAUCAGAUACCGCCUGUCCUACGUCCCGCUGAGCGGCGCAGGAGAGAUCCUGGAGGCCCAGACCAUCGGACCGGAGACCACCAUAGUUCUCCAGGAGCUUUUCCCCAUCACUACCUACCGUGUGUCUGUGUCUGCUGAGUAUGCAUCCGGCAUUGGAAGGGAGAUGCAGGUGGAGGGUACCACCAAAGAAGCCCGCGGCGCUCCCCGUGACCUGCGUGUCUUUGAUGAAACAACAUCUGCAAUGAAGCUGGCGUGGAAGCCUGCUCCUGGAAAUGUUCUGCAGUACCGCAUUGCCUUCAAACCUGCCGAGGGAGGCGAGAGGAAGGAGAUAUCUGUCAAAGGAGACACCACCCAGGCUACCCUGAAGAACCUCCAACCAGCCACUGAAUAUGAGCUGUUUGUCAGCGCUCGCUAUUCUUCUGGUAUGGGUGAUCCUCUUCUGGGCACAGGAACCACCUUAGAAGAGCUCGGCUCACCCAGAGACUUGGUGACCAAAGACGUCACCGACACCAGCUUUGCCGUGUCCUGGACCGCGGCCCCGGGAAACGUUCGUCAGUACAGGAUCACGUGGAAGUCUCUGUUCAGUGAGGAGUCCGGGGAAAAGGUGAUCCCAGGGGCCAACACCGCCACAGUUUUGGACGGUCUCACCCCGGAGACACGUUAUCAGGUGUCUGUGUUUGCCAUCUACGGCCACGGACGGGGCCAGCCGCUGGCUGGAGAAGAGACCACAGAUGUCUCGGCUGCUGGCAGAGCGAUUGUUGUCUCAGAGGAGACAGAGAAGUCCAUGAAGGUGUCAUGGCAGGCGGCACCUGGAAACGUCCUCAACUACCGCGUCACCUACAGACCCCAGGCAGGAGGGCGCCAGCUGGCAGCCAAAGUGCCCGGCGGCACUACCACCACAGUGUUGAGGCGCCUCACCCCUCUCACCACCUACGACAUCACCGUGCUGCCAGUUUAUCGUUUCGGAGAAGGCAAAGCGAGGCAAGGAGAAGGAACGACAUUGUCGCCUUUCAAAGGCCCACGCAACCUCCAGACUUCAGAGCCUACCAAGACGAGCUUCCGCGUCACCUGGGACCACGCCCCCGGUGACGUCAGGGGCUACAAAGUCACUUACCACCCAGUCGAGGAUGAUAUCGACCUGGGCCAGCUUCUGGUCGGUCCCUACGACAACACUGUGGUGCUGGAGGAACUCAGAGCUGGAACCAAAUACACAGUGAGUGUGUUUGGUAUGUUUGAUGGAGGAGAGAGUAUGCCACUGGCUGGAGAGGAGUACACAACCUACUCUGAUGCACCGGAUCCUCCAGAUUUUGGCCCAUCAAAUGUGAUGUGCAGAACCAACGCUCAGGCUGACAUCGUGCUCCUGGUGGAUGGCUCCUGGAGUAUUGGACGUCUGAACUUCAAGACUAUCCGUGCCUUCAUUGCACGCACGGUGGGAGUCUUUGACAUCGGCCCUGAUCGGGUCCAGAUUGGGCUUGCUCAGUACAGCGGAGACCCAAAGACUGAAUGGCAUCUGAAUGCUCAUCGGACCCGAGAUUCCCUCCUGGAAGCUGUGGCUAACCUGCCCUACAAAGGAGGAAACACUCUGACAGGUCUGGCUUUGAACUACAUCCUCCAGAACAAUUUCAGAGAGGAUGUCGGGAUGCGACCCAGCGCUCGAAAGAUUGGCGUUUUGAUCACUGAUGGCAAAUCGCAGGAUGAUGUCAUUGUCCACUCUCAGAACUUGCGCGAUCAGGGCAUUGAGCUCUAUGCCAUCGGUAUUAAGAAUGCAGAUGAGAAUGAGUUGAGGUCCAUUGCCUCCGAUCCGGAAGAAAUUCACAUGUACAACGUGGCCGAUUUCUCCUUCCUGUUGGACAUCGUGGACAGGGUUUCCGACAACCUCUGCAACAGUGUCAAAGGCCCAGGAGGAGUUCCAGAUGCACCCACUGAUCUGGUGACAUCAGAGGUGACUCAUCGGUCCUUCAGAGUCACCUGGAGCGGCCCAGAAAGCCAACCAGAGAAGUACCGCGUGGAGUACAGGACUUUGUCAGGACCAUCACAGCAGGUGAUUGUGGAUGGCACUCAAACCACGGUGGUUCUCCAGAGGCUCGACCCCCUCACCCAGUACCUGGUCAGUGUCUACUCUGUGGUGGGAGAGGACAGCAGCGAGCCCCUAGAAGGAACCGAUACCACGCUGCCCCUGAGUGCCGUGAGGAGGAUGGACAUUUACGAUCAGCAGGUCACCACCAUGCGAGUGAGGUGGGAAAGGGCGCCGGGAGCUACGGGCUACAUGCUGCUCUACAGCGCCAUCAAUGCCACCCAGCCCACCACCGAGCAGGAGAUCAGAGUGGGCGGCGAUACAACUGAUGUCCAGCUGGUAAAGUUGCUCCCCAACACGGCCUACACGCUUUCCCUGUUUGCCCUCCAUGAAGAAUCAGCCAGUGAACCGCUGACCAAGCAGGGAGUCACAUUGCCCAUGCCGCCUGCCGGAGAACUGAGGGUUCGUGAUAUUACCCACAGCACCAUGAGGCUCGACUGGGAUGCUGCUCCCGGUCCUGUUCGCAAGUACCUCGUCAGCUACAAGCCCGAGGAAGGAGACGCCAAAGAACUGGAAGUGGGAGGAAGUGUGACCACCAGACUGCUGGACAACCUGAUCUCGCAGACCGAGUACGCUUUAACUGUUACUCCCAUCUACGAUGAAGGUCCCGGACAGCCAAUGCUGGGAGUGGCUGUCACAGAUGUGGUUCCAGCACCAAAGAACCUCCGAUUCUCAGAAGUUACGCAAACCAGCUUUAGAGCUACCUGGGAACACGGAGCCCCUGACGUGGCUCUGUACCGCAUUGGCUGGGUUAAGAAGGGAGAUACCAACUUGCAAGAUGCCAUUCUGACCAAUGAGGAGACAACCUACGUCCUGGAGAACUUGGAGCCAGACACGCCCUACGACGUGUCUAUCACUGCGAUCUAUCCCGAUGAAUCAGAGAGCGAGGACCUGAUGGGCACUGAGAGGACAUUGCCCCGUCAUGGUGGUCCCCAACCACCUAAUGCGCCUCCCACCAACUUGGUUGUGUUCAAUGAAACCACCACCAGCCUGAACGCCAGGUGGACUCCCCCUCCAGGCCGUGUCCAGAACUACAAGGUCACCUACGUGCCCACAUCUGGAGGCAGGAGUCAGACUACCCAGGUCGGAGGAAAGAAAACUACAGUCCUGCUUCCCAAACUGACGCCUGACACUGAAUACGCCAUCAGUGUGGUGGCGGUCUAUGCCAAAGGAGUUAGCAGACCACUGGAUGGCAUCGGAAAGACCAAGCCGCUGAGUGGUGUUAGAAACCUGCGGGUAACCGACCCCACCACCAGCACCCUAAAUGUCCAGUGGGAGCCUGCUGAGGGCAGCGUCCGUCAGUACAGGAUCUUCUAUGUGCCUGCAGCUGGAGGAGAGGAAGAGAUGGUGCAGGUAUCAGGCAGCACCUACAGUACUGUCCUGAAGAACCUGAACUCUGAUACUGUGUACACGGUGACCGUGGUUCCUGUGUACUCUGCUGGAGAGGGACAGCGCAUGUCUGAGAACGGCAAAACACUGGAGCGCAGCCCCGUCAGAAACAUCCAGGUUUACAACCCGACUACCAACACUUUGAACGUUCGCUGGGAAGCCGCCACAGGUCCAGUCCAGCAGUACCGGGUGGUCUACGCUCCUCUGAACGGUGCCAGGCCUUCUGAGUCGAUCCUGGUACCGGGGACAACCACCACAGCCAUGCUGCAGCAGCUGCUCCCAGACACCGAUUAUAAUGUUGGAGUUGUUGCUCUGUACAGCGAUGGCGAAGGACCUGCUAUCAGCGAUGCAGGAAAGACACUGCCCCGAAGCGGCCCGAGGAACAUGCGCGUAUAUGACCCCACCACCACCACCCUCUCCGUCAGCUGGGAGCAUGCGGUUGGUCCUGUCGUGCAGUACCGCAUCACCUAUGCUCAGAUUACCGGAGACCCGAUUGAGGAAUAUACUACAGUACCAGGAAACAGAAACAACGUGGUCCUGCAGAACCUGGACCCAGACACGCCUUAUAACAUCAAAGUGACUGCCUACUACGCCGAUGGACCCGGAGGAGAACUGGAGGGUGAUGGACGCACAGUGGGAAUGCUCGGGCCCAGGAAUCUCCGGGUUUCUGAUGAGUGGUACACCCGCUUCAGGGUGUCCUGGGACCCCGCUCCCUCCAGGGUUAAUGGAUACAAGCUUAUCUACCAGCCUGAGGGCUCUGAUGACUCCAUGGAAGUGUCUGUUGGAGAUGUAACCUCCUACCAGCUCCAUAACCUGAAGCCUGGAACCACCUAUGAUCUGAAAGUGCUGGCACAGUACAACACAGGGGACAGUGCACCUUUGGUCGGUCAAGGCACCACGUUGUAUCUGAAUGUGACGGACUUGAACACCUACAACGUUGGCUACGAUUCCUUCUGCCUCCGAUGGGCCCCUCACAGAGCGGCCACCUCCUACAGACUCAAAGUCAAUCCUUUUGAUCCCUCCAGGCGUGGUGCUCAGGAGAUCACCGUCAGAGGCUCGGAGAGCAGUUACUGCUUUGAUGGCUUGACCCCCGACACUCUGUACAACGCCACUGUGUACACACAAACCCCCAACCUCGAGGGACCUGGAGUCAGCGUCAAAGAGAGGACCUUGGUUAAGCCCACCCCGGUGCCAACUGAGCCUCCCACUCCUCCCCCUCCAGCAACAGUCCCACCCGCAUUAGAUGUGUGCAAAGGUGCCAAGGCCGACCUGGUCUUCCUGAUUGAUGGUUCCUGGAGCAUCGGAGACGACAGCUUCAAUAAAGUCAUCCAGUUUGUUAAAAGCAUGACUGCAGCCUUCGACGUCAUCAGCCCCAGUGGCAUGCAGGUUUCAUUCGUGCAGUACAGUGAUGAUGCCAAGACCGAGUUCAAACUGAACACCUACCACGACAAAGGCAUCGUGUUAUCAGCUUUGCAGACUGUCCGCUACAGAGGAGGGAACACCAAGACAGGCAUUGCUUUGAAGCACGUCUACGAGAAGGUGUUCACCUCAGACAGCGGCAUGAGGAGGAACGUCCCCAAGGUGCUGGUGGUUGUCACAGAUGGACGGUCCCAGGAUGAAGUCAAGAAGAGCGCAGAAAAGCUGCAGCAUUCCGGCUACAGUGUGUUUGUGGUCGGAGUGGCCGAUGUGGAUAUGGCUGAGUUGAGAAAUAUCGGCAGCAAGCCCAGCGAGAGACACGUGUUCGUGGUGGACGACUAUGACGCCUUCGCCAAAAUCCAGGACAACCUGAUCACCUUCAUCUGUGAAACGGCCACUUCCACUUGCCCCCUGAUCUACAUCAAUGGCUUCACCACGCCUGGCUUCAGGAUGCUGGAGGCGUUCAACAUCACAGACAAGACAUUCGCUGCCAUGAAUGGCGUGUCCAUGGAGCCGGGCUCCUUCAACAGCUUCAUCGCCUACAGGCUGCACAAGGAUUCCUUCCUGAACCAGCCCACCAAGGAGAUCCAUCCGGAUGGUCUUCCCCCGUCUUACACCAUCAUCCUGCUCUUCCGCCUCUUGCCCGAUACGCCCGCUGAACCUUUCGAUAUCUGGCAGAUUGCCGACAAAAACAACAACCCUGAAGUCGGGAUCACGCUCACCCCUUCCAGCAAAACACUCACGUUCUACAACAAGGACACCCGGGGAGAGAUCCAGAGAGCCACGUUUAAUGAGGAGCCAGUGAAGCGGGUUUUCCACGGCAGCUUUCACAAGCUCCACAUCACCGUCUCUCCAGAGAAAGUCAAGCUCAACAUCGACUGCCAAGAGGUGGCAGAGAAGCCCAUCAAAGCGGCCAACAACAUCUCACUGGAUGGCUAUGAAGUGCUUGGCAAGAUGAGCAAAGGAGGUGGAAGGAGGCAGUCUGCUACAUUCCAGCUCCAGAUGUUCGAUAUUGUCUGCAGUUUGGGCUGGAUCAGCCGAGACAGAUGCUGCGACCUGCCUGCAACAAGAGAUGAGGCCAAGUGUCCGUCCCUUCCUCACUCCUGCACGUGCACGCAGGACAGCAUCGGCCCCCAGGGACCUCCCGGACCUUCGGGAAGCCCAGGCUCUAAAGGACCUCGAGGAGACAGAGGAGAUCCCGGCAAGCCUGGUGCGAUGGGUCCUCGUGGUGAGGCAGGACUUCCAGGACCGAUGGGACCACCGGGUCCACAAGGUCCUAACGGACUCUCUCUGCCUGGAGAACCUGGUCGCCAAGGACCAAAGGGAGAUUCUGGAGACCCGGGGCUGCCCGGACUGCAAGGUCCUCCUGGGCAGCGCGGUCCUCUGGGCCCCGUUGGACCGAGCGGAGCGCGGGGGCCACCAGGAAAGGAGGGACCAUCUGGACCCAGAGGCCCACCGGGACCCAUGGGAAGUCCUGGGAAUCCAGGUGUGCCGGGAAUAACAGGGAAACCGGGAAAGCCAGGAGAACCAGGAAAUCCAGGACCUGUUGGCCUUAAAGGAGAGAAAGGAGAGAGGGGAGAUUUUGCGUCCCAGAACAUGAUGCGCUCCAUUGCCAGACAAGUUUGUGAGCAGCUUGUGAACAGUCAGAUGAGCAGAGUCGACAUGCUGCUGAACCAGAUUCCCUCCGGAUAUCGUAGCAACACUCCCGGACCGCCCGGCCCUCCGGGCCCUCCUGGAAACUCGGGACCCCGUGGAGAGCCUGGACAGCCUGGCCGAACUGGUUUCCCUGGAAACUCAGGUUUACCUGGAAAUCAAGGAGAAAGAGGUUUGCCAGGAGAGAAAGGAGAGCGAGGAUCUCCAGGAACGGGCAUCAGAGGACAAAGAGGCCCGAACGGGCCACCAGGGCCACCCGGAGAGUCACGAACGGGACCCCCAGGACCUUCUGGCUCCGCUGGGCCUCGUGGCCCUCCAGGCCGUCAGGGCACUCCAGGGGUGAGGGGACCUCCAGGACCCCCUGGAUACUGCGACUCUUCUCAGUGUGUUGGAAUUCCUUACAAUGGACAAGGAUACACAGGUUUUGCAUAGUAAACGUUACCUGUGCUUUCUGAGAUGUUUGCUAUGGGGCAUGUAAGGAUAAAUCACCAUGGACAAUAAUUAUUGAACAUUAAAAAACGAAAAACAAAAAAGCUGAACGGAGCGGACUAACAUCAUGUCACAGCUACGAGCUACAGUGAUGGCAACCUGCUGGCCUGUUCUUGCAUCUUGAACCACAAACCGCUGGGAAAUAGAAAGCAGAGACUGAGCACUACAAAGGAAGGAGCAUGUACAAACACCACCCCAAACAAGUACUAACAUAGAGGAUUUCACUCAAUCCAUUUAACUGAGAGCAGUAUUAAUGUAGAGGUGAUGUGUGUAAAUAAAACUAAUAGUUUUGCCUUGUAAAUGAUUGUAUGAAACGAGACAUUUCACUAAAAAUCAAGUUAACAUCUGUAUUGAGCUUGUGCCUCAUAACCUUCUGCUUACUUACCAUCAGCAUAACCCCUGUUUAUGACGCCUACUGUGGUCCAGACUGAAGCAUGUUUCAUUUGUACUUUUACUCAUGGUGUUGGUGAAAAAUGGUGCUAAACGUUGCUUUCCUGCCAUCUUUUAUAGUAUCAGCAGCUUACUGUGUCUUUUUAUUCAGUAUCUUGUUGGGUUUUAUUCAUCGAAGCAGUUCAACACGCGGGCGUUUCUCAAAGUCCACAGUGCAAUAUAAUUUAAAAUUUGUGCAUAUGAAAAGUUGUAGAAGCAACCUGUUUUUUGAUUGGCCAUCCUGAAUAUGUUUCUAGCCAACCGCUACCCACCUGAACCCGAAGUAGUGAAUAUACCUGUGGAGCCAGCUGGAGAGUUUGAGGCUAUACAACCCGGUUACACACGAAGCCAGAGAGGGAAGCGAUCACUACCACAGGACAAUACAGAAACACUAGCAUCAU